ACUUCUUCUCUCGGAACAGCCAAUGUUGUUUUCCCGCAGGGAUAACUAAUUUGACUUUCAUCUGUUUGAAUCCUUUAGCAUCGUGUAUUUGCUACCCUCUGAAUUAGCAAUCAAUUCUCUUUUCCCUAUCGCGGUCGUGAAUCCACUGCAGGCAUAUGGUUCCUGGUCUCGACACCGUCAUAAACCGUCGGUCUUGUUCUUAUAUCUAAGACUGUACAUCUCGCAAAACCUGAGCCAUCGUUGAGCUCUCUUUGUAUAGCCCUUCAGCAUCUGCCAAUAUUACUUCGCCGCUCGCUAUGCCCGAUCAGCAACGUCAUGUGCCCGGCGGGCAUUGGUCUGGCUCGAAUCCGAUUCCAAAUAUUCAAAAAUUCGUCGAAAGUCUCGACAAAGACAAGAAAGAGAGGGACAGAUUGCUUGACGAGCAAACAAAAACUCAAACCCAGGCCAACAAAAAUAAACAGGGGGACGCCAAGCCGCAUGUUAAUGAUCCCCACGCCAGUUCGCCGAAGACUUGGAAGACGGUCACGGACCCAACCACGGGCAAAGACGUUCAAAUUGAAGAUGUCAACAAGGAUUUUAUGUCAUCAGUGAAGAGCCCACAGCUUUCCGUGCCGAAUUCAAAUCUCGGGAAAGACACCCCCGUGAAAACCGAAGCGUCCCAGUCUGGUGAAGAAUAUAGGGAGAAUCAAGAUGUUACCGCCCCUCCCGACCCUGUAGCCCCCGGGAGCACUUCGGAUGUACCCAUUCGAGGCGAGAAGACAAAUAUACUUUUUCAUCCUACGCCAUCAGUCAGCUAUGAACCAAUGUUUAAUGCGCUAGAAUCAAAAGCAGGGGCGCUGUGCAUUGGAAUAUGCUUUGCCGUGAUUGUUCUCGGUAAGAUGUUUGGGGGCUCACUGAAAGGCCUGAUUCCUCUCGCUGCAUGCUUGAGCUCUGGCGUUUGGCUGUGGAUGAAAGAGGUGGUAAGAAGCGGGCGCGAGGUAGAAUGGCACAGUGAAAAGGAGCGCGGCCAAACCGCUACCGCCAACCUCCUUCCAGAAUCUGUAGAGUGGUUGAAUACUUUGAUGGGCAUUGUCUGGGGUCUCAUCGAUCCUGAACUGUUUGCCGGCGUGGCAGACACGCUCGAAGACGUUAUGCAGGCAUCUGUACCAGGAAUCAUCGAAAAUGUUCGAGUUGCCGAAAUUAACCAAGGCUCAAAUCCAUUCAGAAUAUUGAGCCUUCGAGCUCUUCCAGACGCUCAUGUGAAAGAGCUGCGAGAAAGUAUUCAUGAAGAGAACAAGAAGACCAAGGACCCACAGGAAUUGGCGGCUGAUGAGGAAGGGGGAGAUUACUACAACAUUGAAUGCUCAUUUGCUUAUCACGCUGAGCCCUCUGGAAAAAGAGCCGCUUCAAAGGCGCGAAAUAUGCACAUGCAGUUGGUUUUUUACUUGGGUAUCAAGGGUCUCUUCGGGGUGCCUUUGCCCAUUUUUGUUGAAUUACAAAGUCUAGUUGGAACUGUCCGAUUGCGUCUCCAAAUGGGCCCCGAGCCCCCUUUCCUCAAGGCUGUUACCUUCACCCUGAUGGGGCUGCCACAUAUUCAAGCAGGGUGUAUACCAAUGGUCCAAAGGGGUGUCAAUAUUCUUAACCUUCCUAUCAUUUCUAAUUUUGUCAAUUAUGCUAUUGGAGCUGCGGCUAGCAUGUAUGUUGCGCCCAAGUCCAUGAGCCUGGAUCUUAGCAAAAUGCUCCAGGGAGACGACAUCCAAAAAGAUGUGGAAGCCCUUGGAAUUCUCUGGAUAAGGAUCCAUCGAGCCAUUGGGCUCAGCAAACAAGACAGGCGUGGCAGUAAAGGCGGUGGAAGCGAUCCGUAUAUCACGUUAUCUUUCUCUAAAUACGGAAAGCCUAUGUACUGCACGAGAGUGAUCACGGACGACUUGAAUCCCAUUUGGGAGGAGACCGCUGCGCUCCUUGUCACCCCAGAAUUGAUCAAAGCAGACGAGCAGCUCAGUGUGGAGCUUUGGGACUCCGACCGGUCCACCGCCGACGACAUUGUUGGAAAGGUUGAGUUGUCCAUGCAGAAAAUGAUUCAGCAUCCCGGCAAAAUGUAUCCACAAGUAUCGAAGCUUCAAGGUAUGGAUGCCGGUAGUGAAAUGCCAGGGGAAUUGCAUUGGGAGGUCGGGUAUUUUGGCAAACCGCAAUUCCGACCAGCCCUUCGCACAGACGGGAAGGACCCCAAUCUUCCAGACGCGCUAAAGGGGAAGAGUGAGCUGCAAGAUGAUAAGGGUGUCAUCGAUAACGCUGAAGAAGACGCCGUUAUUCAUACUCCACCGGACCCCCUCUGGCCAAGCGGUAUUUGUAGCAUCAUUGUGCAUCAAAUUGUGAACCUCGAACUCGAGAAUAUCAAAGGUAGCGAAGGGAAUCGUCGCGGAAGGGAGUUUGAGCCUGCAAAAGAUAGUGGCGAGAACACUGAUGAGGAGGGUGAAAAGCUCCCCAGCAGCUAUUGUACCAUACUCUUCAACGAUCAGCUGGUCUACCGAACCCGUGCCAAAGCCGUUAGUAGUCGGCCCAUCUUCAAUGCCGGAACAGAGCGCUUCAUGAGGGACUGGAGAUCAGGCAUAGUGACGGUUACUGUUCGUGAUCAGCGCUACCGGCAACACGAUCCAAUCAUUGGAGUUGUCCCUCUGCAGCUUUCUGAAAUCCUCCAAACAAGCUCUCAAGUUACACGAUGGUAUCCUCUUGAUGGAGGGAUCGGUUUUGGUCGCAUUCGUAUCUCACUUCUUUUCCGGAGCGUGGAAACCAGGCUGCCUCCGAAUCUACUUGGCUGGGAUAUCGGAACGUUUGAGUUUACGUCGGAUCGCAUAUUGGCCAUAAACUAUACUAGCCACGCCAAGUUGAAAUUAAGGACUGGUGGCAGCAGUGGCAAUAUAUCGCGGGCGCAAGCUCGAAGCCUUGAAGAAGGCGAUGGGAUUUUCUGGGAUAUUGCAAAGAAUGAGGGAAGAAACAAUGUUCGGCUUCCAGUGAAGCAUCGCUAUCGGUCGCCGGUGAUCUUCGAAUUCCAUGCGCCGGGAAAACGCGGGCCGGACGGUUAUGCCAUGAUUUGGCUGCAGCACUUGGUCGACAAUGAGGACACGGAUAUCAAUAUUCCUAUUUGGCGAACGAAGAAUGGCCAGCGUUUGACACAGAAUUACAUCACCGAAUCUAAUGUGUCGGCGAAGAGAAGCCCUGGUCUAGAGGACCUUGAGGAAAUAGGCCGGCUGCAGUUCCGUUGCCGGUUCAAAGCUGGAACCGAUGAAUCCCACGAAGCAUUUGUCGUGGAUAACAACUCGAGAGAAACAUAUGAAACAUACGAAGCAUGUCUCGCUGAGGGUGUGCGACAGCGCCAGGUGCAGCCAGAAGUUCCGGAGAAUGUUCGCGAGCGCCAUGAAGCUUCGCUGACACAGGGUCGUGACAUACUGAUGCAGGCUCAGCCAGAUGAGCGCCAGAAAUGGUUGACGAGAAGCGGAGAAGACUGGAGCGGUGCUUUCGGCGAGGAUCCCAAAGCAUACGUAGACUCAAGUGGAAAGAAGAGAGCAGAACCGGGAGUAGAGAAGCCAGUACAUGAUCCAUUUAACCCAAGCUCAGAUGAUGACGACAUUGAUGAAGAUGACGAUUCCUCUUCUGAAAACGAAGAUUUAGGGAUAAAUGAUGCAGAACAAGGCGGAGAAUUUGUUGGUGAAAAGCAAAAGGCAGAUGGGUCAGCAGAUGGGUCAGCAAAUAUGCCAAAUGGGUCCGGCGCAAAUAAUUCUCAAAACCGAAAGACUGAACGGCGAAAGCAUCGAGGCGUAAUGCAAUGGAGACCUGCGCGAAAUGCGCUAUUUGCCAAGGAUGAGCUGAAGUUUGGCAUCAGAAAAGUCAAACAAAAAUUUGCCAUGGAAGGAAGAGAGCCUGGGGUUGAGACCGAGACCGGCACUUAACAAAAUAUGGAUUCUCGAUUCUGAAAGACAAAUUCCUCAUUAUAAUUCCGGAAACCGCUCCUAAGCAUGCAGGAAGCUCGGUGUUGGCCUUUCAUCUGAAUUCCACGAACAUCAUUAACGCAGAAGAAUAUUAAUCAAUACAUUUCAUUACUAGACAUUCGUUUUUGUUUCAUCAUUCUAUGCACACGUCAAAUCUGGAGACAUCCAGUCAAGUUAAUCCCAGUC